AGGGCCUUUUUAAUUCAUUUGCUAUUGAGAAUCUAAUUGAAUCCUCACAACAAAAGGAAAAUUCAGACAUGUCGUUUCUUCAUUCUGUGAACAAUAGGAAAGCUAUAAACCUGGAAGAUGAAGAAAACACUUCUCAAAAAGAGACAGCAAGCUUGUCAUCCAGAUUGGGCACAGCGUUUGUUGACGGUUUGUUGCCGCGCGAAAGUGAUUCCGCUGAUUUGUCGCAGUCUAGCCACCCAGAUAACUGGGUAGAAGCUCAAGAUGACUUGGUUGUUGAUGCUGGAAACAACUCGCCAGGCGAUAGUGCUAUCCCAUUGAAUACAAGUCAAGAAGUUGUUCACGAGGAAGUGGAAGCCUCACACUCAUCCGGUGGAGGAGCUGCUCUCAGAGACAUCGUACUUGGAAUGUCUGAUGGUCUUACAGUACCAUUUGCACUUGCAGCUGGUAUGGCAGGAGCGUUCGCCAGUUCCAAAAUCAUUGUGUUGGCUGUCUUGGCAGAACUCACUGCAGGAGGUAUCAGCAUGGGUCUUGGUGGGUACAUGUCAGGUCGUACUGAAGUCAUGCAAUACUCUGCUGAGAGAAAACGAGAGGAAUGGGAAGUUGUCAAUUGUCCAGAAGCAGAAAAAGAAGAGAUAUACGAUAUCCUAAAAGAAUACGGCCUGACAAGAGCGCAUGUAAGGAGCAUUUUGGAACAUUUUGAGAAAAAUCCAAAUAAAUGGGUUGACUUUAUGAUGAAAUUUGAACUGGGAUUGGAAGAACCGGACUUUUCAAGACCUUGGAAAAGUGCAUUGUUUGUUGGUCUAUCUUAUAUUGUGGGUGGUAUUAUUCCUUUAAUACCUUAUUUUUUUAUCGAGUCCUCCAUUGCAGCGCUGAAAGUUAGUGUGAUAUUUACUCUUCUAGCACUCUUCAUUUUUGGUUUUGCAAAGGGUCAUGUAGUAUCACAUAAUAGAUUGGCUUCCGCAAUAGAGACUAUGGUGAUUGGUGCAGUUGCUGCUGCGAGUGCCUUUAUUAUUGCCAGAUGGUUCGAUAGCCUAACGCAUGCUACUCAAAAUUCGUAGUUUGAAUCCUUUCGUACAUAAGAAAUAGUUAUAUGGAAAUGUUCGCAUAAAGGGAUAAUAGAGUAGACAUUUGAUAUGCAAUAUGGAGAGUGUUUUUAGUCAUUUUUCAAUUGUACGACUGUGCAUUUCAUUUUACAUGCUUAUAUUCUUUGAUUGUUAAUAACGACUCUGACAUUGAACCAAAUAACUGGCUCUUUCCUUUCUAUUCAUUUGCUUGGUUCUCGUUGAGAGCAGUUGUGAAAAUGUAGCUCGCACAUUCUGUAGAAAUCGAUUAGUAGGAUAAACAGAGUAAAAAGAUAUUCAAUGCAUGACAAAGUGAUCACUGUUGUCAACUUGACUAUAUUUUAUAUUUUGAGAAGACUUGCUUUAUAAAAUUUUGUUUAUUUCC